AUGAACCGCGUCAACACGUUCUUCUGGUCGCGGCUGAACCCGACGGGCGAACUCGUGCGGUCCGUGGACGUGUUGCUGCGCGAGCUCGUGCCGGACGACAAACUCGACGCGGCGUUCGAGAGCCUCAGCAUCGCUGCGAGCUCCGGCGCGGCGCUCGUUGAGCUGAAAGCGCCCGCGGCGGCGGCCAAGACGGACGUUCCGCCGACGGCGACGGACGCGGGCGGCGAACCCGACUACGACGGCGCGCCGCCCGUCGACGACGAGUCGAGCGACGACGAGUCGACGAGCGAGAAGACCGUACCGGGCGAGCUCGAGCGCAAGUGGGCCAAAAUCCGCGCCGUGUUCCACGACUGGGACGAGGAACAGGGCGACCGCGAGAAGAAGAUGGACGACAUGGCCGAGCUGCUGCUGCGCUACCGCGUGCUGGAGAAAGUGCUGAUGCCGAAAGUGCUGGGGCAGCUCACGUUCGAGACGCGCAAGUACGUGGGCCACGUGUUUCGGGCCAUGACGGUGCACAACCUGCGCGGCUUUAUUGAGCUCAUUGGCGAGCGGCCCGACAUCAUGCGGUGGCUCGUCGAGGGCUACAAGAACAACGACACGGCACUGAUCUGCGGCUCGAUGCUGCGCGACUGCUUUGAGCACCAGGCGCUCACGAUGCUCUUCUUGCGGACCCUCGAGCCCGAGUUUGACUUUCUCUUUACAGUCACGAUGGAGAACAGCAACUUUGACAUCUCGGCCGACGCGCUGAUCAAUAUCUCGCGGCUCUUGACCGUGCACAAGAAGGUGACGGUCCAGCUCUUGGACGAGUCGUUCGACCACAUCUUUGGUCUGCUGAACGGCCUGCUGACGUCGGAGAACUAUGCCACGAGACGUCAGGCGCUGCAGCUACUGUCCGAGUUGCUGCUCGAUCCGGUGAACUUUGCAGUGAUGCAGCGGUACGUUGCGUCGCGGCAGUACUUGAAGCAGGUGAUGCUGCUGCUGCGGGAACCGAGCGAGGCGUUGCGGAUGGACGCUUUCCACGUGUUCAAGAUCUUUGUGGCGAACCCGAACAAGUCGCCCGAGGUGGAGCAGCUCCUCGUGCGGAACCGCGAGAAGCUGCUCGCGUUCGUCAGCGACUUUGGCAAGAGCGCGUCGAACCGCGACUUUUUGCAGGAGAGGUCGUUGCUGGUGUUUGCGCUCGAGCGAAUGGCGCAGCAGCAGCACAGUGCGGCGCCGGAGAAGGGGCAGGAGCGGCUUACGCGCGCAGCGUCGUUGUCGAGUGCCGAUGCCAAAGUGGGUGCGAAUCACCGAAAGUAG